CAAACAGCACCAACAAUGGCCGACGAGCAACUAGACAGAGCGCUUGACCUCCUCCGCCGCUUGAACCCCCGUGACACGAAACGUAAUGUUCAAGCUAUAUCGACACUAGUCCCCGAUCUCACGGAGGACCUGCUCACCUCCGUUGACCAGCCCUUCGAGGUCCGGACCUGCCGCAAGACCAAACGCGACUACCUCCUCUGCGACUACAAUCGGGAUGGCGACAGUUACCGAUCUCCCUGGAGUAAUGAGUUUGAUCCGCCUCUUGAGGAUGGAGCGGGCCCUAGUGAACGCGUGAGGAAGCUGGAGGUCGCGGCUAAUGAGGCCUUUGAUGUUUAUCGGGAGCUGUAUUAUGAGGGCGGGGUUGGGAGUGUGUAUUUUUGGGAUUUGGAUGAUGGGUUUGCGGGGGCUAUUCUAAUGAAGAAGUCCGUGACGCCCGGCGCCAAAAGUUCCGGUGUAUGGGAUAGCAUUCACGUUUUCGAGGCUACUGACCGCGCGCGCAUGUCCCAUUACAAAUUGACCAGUACCAUCAUGUUGCAUCUUGCUACCGAGAAUAGUAAUCUGGGGGAGAUGGAUUUGAGCGGCAACCUGACUCGACAGGUCGAGGUGGACUUGCCGGUUGAGUCUGAUGCAAGCCAUAUUCCAAACAUUGGCAAGCUAGUGGAGGAUAUGGAGUUGAAGAUGAGGAAUCAGCUGCAGGAGGUCUAUUUUGGAAAAGCCAAAGAUAUAGUGGGCGAGCUCCGAAGUCUUGGCACCUUGUCUGAGGCGAAUAGAGACAGAGCCACCCAGCGGGAAAUGAUAAUGUCGAUGCAAAGGUAGCUGGGAGGAUAAAUAGUUAUACGGGACAGCUGGACUUGUAACUUGCAUUAUCGUGUUCCAUGAACAUUUCUUUUAUCCAUUGCCUCUAGGCAGUUGUAUGUUCGUUGUCUUUAAGCUCAGUCAAUACCAGAUGAUACUAGAC